AUAUUUUUAGCUUUCAAGAGCGUUUCAGCUCAGCUGUGUUUAUCUUUCAUCCUUCUCUAGUUGAAGAACAAUGCAAGUUCUUGCAGGGAAGCUAGUUUCUUUCACCAUGUUUAUAGGUCUUAUAAUCGUGCUUAUUCCACCAUCUGUAAGCUCAUCUGAUGAAGAACAUGUAAAAUUCAUCGGCAGUGGUACAAUCAAUAAUCACAACAUUCAAAAGGUGAGUCGUAAACUGAUGUUUGAGAUUACACUGCAUGGAUUCCUCCUUUGGGCAUCAAUGGGGUUUCUAGUGCCUGUAGGGAUACUUGCUAUCAGAAUGUCGAAACGAGAAGAAUGUGGAAGAAGACUUCAAAUUCUUUUCUAUGUUCAUGUAGUGUCACAGAUACUUUCUGUACUACUUGCAACAGCAGGGGCAGUAAUCUCAAUAAAAAACUUCAAUAAUGCCUUCAACAAUCAUCAUCAAAGACUAGGGGUAGCUUUAUAUGGUAUCAUAUGGUUACAAGCCUUGACUGGAAUUUUACGUCCAUGGAGGAUGCAGGGAAGAAGCGCCUGGUUUUUGGCACACUGGUUGGUAGGAACUGCUGUGUGUAUUUUGGGUGUGAUCAGCAUAUACACUGGACUGGGAGCAUAUCAUGAAAAGACAUCGAGAAGAACGAAGUUUUGGGGAAUAGCUUUUACAGUUGAGAUCUCUGUGAUCGUUUUCAUUUACUUGUUUCAAGACAAAUGGGUGCAUAUACAUAAGCACGGUGUGAUUUCGGGCAAUGAACCAGUUAGACCUACUGAAGAACACAUUUCGUCUACCGAUAAGAUGAAACAAAAGGAAUCAGCAAGUGAGCAUUGUUAAAAAGAAAAAUUCUAGAAAGUGAAUUUCACUACUAACGGAUGAGAUUUUUCUUUCCUUUGUUUUUCUGGGGUUCGGUUUUGUUUCAUUGACAUGUUGAUCAAGUUCAUGUCCCAAAGUUUAACUUGGGUAUUUCUAUUCAUUUCUGAGAAUGUAUGUACCAAGGAAAAGCUGGACAUAACCUGUUAAUAUAGCAA